UUUCAAUCAAAUCACUCCCAUUCCCAGGGGAAAGAAAACAAACGGAAAACCUGCUCCGAAGAAGAAGAAGAAGAAGAAACCGAAAUCUCCGGCCACCGCCAGUUUUUUUUUUUUACCUUAGAUGAAGAACGUCUUCUUCUGAUUCAGAAAUCCCGGACAACCCACGAUCAAAAAACAAUGGCGGUUCUACAGUCAUCUUCUUCUUCCUCGGGACAAUCGUCCAUAUCGCCGUCGUCGGCGAAGAAACAGGCGCUGUUCAUAGUCUCCCUGGUCACGCUAUGGUACUCAUCCAACAUCGGGGUCCUUCUCCUCAACAAAUUCCUCCUCUCCAAUUACGGGUUCAGGUUCCCAAUCUUCCUCACAAUGUGCCACAUGUCCGCCUGCGCCAUCUUCUCCUACAUCUCGAUCGUCUUCCUCAAAGUGGUGCCCCUCCAGACGUUGAAAUCGAGGCAACAGCUCCUCAAGAUCUCGACGCUCAGCGUCGUCUUCUGCGCCUCGGUUGUCGGGGGGAACAUUUCCCUCCGUUACCUGCCCGUUUCUUUCAAUCAGGCCGUCGGCGCCACCACGCCGUUCUUCACCGCCGUGUUCGCUUACUUGAUGACGUUUAAGCGGGAGGCUUGGGUCACUUACUUCGCCCUCGUCCCUGUCGUUGUCGGCGUCGUCAUCGCCAGCGGGGGGGAACCAGGUUUUCACUUGUUUGGAUUUAUCAUGUGCAUCAGUGCAACUGCUGCGAGGGCUUUUAAGUCUGUUCUUCAGGGCAUUCUGCUUUCUUCUGAUGGAGAGAAGCUGAACUCGAUGAACUUGCUGCUCUACAUGUCACCGAUUGCUGUUUUCGUGCUAGUCCCUGCAGUGAUCGUGAUGGAGCCUGACGUGUUGAGUUACACAUUGGCGCUCGGGAGGAAAGACAAGUUCAUGUGGUUGCUACUCAUACUCAAUUCCUCACUCGCCUAUUCCGCCAACUUAACAAACUUCUUGGUCACCAAACAUACCAGCGCAUUGACCCUCCAGGUGCUGGGGAAUGCGAAAGGUGCAGUAGCUGUGGUGAUCUCCAUCUUCAUAUUCAGGAACCCGGUUACCUUCAUCGGGAUCGGUGGGUACACCAUCACUGUACUUGGAGUGGUUGCUUAUGGAGAGACCAAGAGAAGGUUUAGAUGAAUGAGAAAGGGAUGAAUUCCCUCCUCUUUCUUUUCUUUUACCCUUCAUGUUUUCACAAAAGAUGAUUAGGGAAUCCCCCCAUCUUUUCUCAGGCUUCUGCAUAUGGGAGGAUGAAUUUUGAUUCAUUUACUAGAGAGAGACAUAGCAUUGCUAUGUUGUUUUGUAUAUUUAAGGUAGGAAUGACUGAAGUGGGAGACUUCUAGCAAAUAUUGAUCCUUUCUAUAAAAUCCCAAUUUUAAUUUUAACUGCGAUUUUUCGUGACUUCAGUUUUCACGAAGGAGGACCUUGAUGCGACAUCGUAAACACUCA